AUGUUGAAAAUGCAUUCCAAACCAUGGCUGCUGGAGGCGCGCUCUUCGGAGGCGUUUAUCAUUCUGGUUGUCUCGAUUGCUAUCUUUGUGAUUGUGCCUAUCAUUCCGAAAGCCCUUGUUGACCGUAUCGGAGUAUCGCCUGACGAUGCCCAAAGCUGGAUGUCAAUACUACUAGCUGCUUAUGGAGGAACUCUCCUGCUGGGAUCCCCAAUCUUCGGGUAUAUUGCGGAUCGCACCAGAUCACCAAAAGGCCCAUUCAUCGCCGGCCUUGUCGCUCUCGCGCUCUCAACGGCCCUUUUCAUGCUUGCUAGGUCUCCUAUCCUAUUUUUGAUUGCUAGAGGUCUCCAAGGGUUUUCCGGUGCUGCCGUUUGGGUUGCCGGACUGACGCUUGUCGUUGAUACCGUGGACGAGGAGAGAGUAGGAGAGGCCAUGGGAUACACUACCAUGGGCUUGAGCCUUGGGUCUCUAUUAGGCCCGGCAGCGGGGGGAGUUUUGUAUGACAAGCUCGGUUUCUAUGGAGCUUUCUAUGUGCCGAUUGGAUUGAUCAUUUUGGAUGUUAUCUUGCGGGUUGUCUUGAUUGAGCCUAAAGCUGCGAGAGAGUGGAAAGGAAUGGAAAGCGACGAACGCUCACCGUUACUGCAACCCCCGGCACCCACUGCCAACGACUCGGACAAGCCAAAAUCCACAUUUCAACUAUUCUACUUGCUGGGCAAACGACGUCUGCUUGUAGCUUUGUUAGCCGGCCUAGUUGGUGCCAUUACCUUCUCUGCAUUUGAAACAACACUUCCUCUCUUCCUCAUCGAGUCUUUCCGCUGGUCUUCCAGUAGCAUAGGAUUGGUGUUUUUCAUCAUGUCUAUCCCCGGCAUGGCAGGCGCCCUUGUUGGAAAGGUAGUUGACAGAUGUGGGCCACGAGUUUCUGCCACGGUUUCUUUCACCAUUGCGGCUGCGACCUUGGUCCCGCUUCGCUUCGUUAAGCACCCUGUCAUAGCAGAAUAUUCUCUGAUGAUUAGUCUCCUGGCGAUAAACGGCUUAGCAAUCUCCGCGUCUUCCCUUGCCGCGAUGUCAGAAGUGUUUGAAGUCGUUUAUUCUCCUCAAAGCGGCGGUGCUUCAAGCAAUGCCAACCCCGUGGCCCAGGGGUAUGCCCUAUAUAACAUGGCAUUUGCUGGCGGACAGCUACUCGGUCCCAUUAUAGGAGGUUUUCUCAAGGCUCGUUUUGGAUGGGAUACCAUGACUCUGGUUAUUGCUUUGGUGACGGGUGCUACUGCUAUUAUCAGUGCUCUCUUUGCCGGAGAACAGCCACCAAGUGACGAAAUUAUCGGCCCGGAGGAGGUAACAGUUGCAUAG